UUCUGAUUGAUUUCAUUGCUUUCCAUCUCGUCUUCCACUUUCCUCAUCUUACGGUAUAAAAUCUGCAUGGUUUGUUCGGAAAGAGUGAAAUGAAAACGCAGUCUCCCUAAGCAGAGAUGACGGGGAGGAAAAACCUAGCCAAUUUCAUUCUCUUGGUUUUGAACUUGGGAAGUUUGCUUGCUUCUCUUGCCUGCCCUCAAUGUCCCCACAACCCUACUCCGCCGCCGAAAUGUCCUCCGGCGCCUAAGUAUCCCCCCAAGCAUCCUCCCAUUGUGAAGCCUCCAUCUCACCCUAAACCGCCGAAACAUCCACCCAGGCCUCCGGUUAUUAGCCCUCCUUAUCAUCCCAAACCACCCAGGCCUCCGGUGGUUAACCCGCCGUACCAUCCUAAACCACCUAAACAUCCACCCCACCCUCCCAAGCCUCCUGUUGUAAAGCCCCCCUAUGUACCCAAACCUCCGGUCGUAAAGCCUCCGCCUUACACACCCAAGCCACCCUACGUACCGGUGCCCAACCCACCUUACGUACCCAAACCUCCGGUCGUAAAGCCUCCGCCUUAUACACCCAAGCCUCCCGUUGUAAAUCCUCCGCCUUACACACCCAAACCACCCUACGUACCGGUGCCCAACCCACCUUACGUACCCAAACCUCCGGUCGUAAAGCCUCCGCCUUAUACACCCAGGCCUCCCGUUGUAAAUCCUCCGCCUUACACACCCAAGCCACCCUACGUACCGGUGCCCAACCCACCUUACGUACCCAAACCUCCGGUCGUAAAGCCUCCGCCUUAUACACCCAAGCCUCCCGUUGUAAAUCCUCCGCCUUACACACCCAAGCCACCCUACGUACCGGUGCCCAACCCACCUUACGUACCCAAACCUCCGGUCGUAAAGCCUCCGCCUUAUACACCCAAGCCUCCCGUUGUAAAUCCUCCGCCUUACACACCCAAGCCACCCUACGUACCGGUGCCCAACCCACCUUACGUACCCAAACCUCCGGUCGUAAAGCCUCCGCCUUAUACACCCAAGCCUCCCGUUGUAAAUCCUCCGCCUUACACACCCAAGCCACCCUACGUACCGGUGCCAAACCCACCUUACGUACCCAAACCUCCGGUCAUAAAGCCUCCGCCGUAUACACCCAAGCCUCCUCUUGUAAAUCCUCCGCCUUAUACACCCAAGCCUCCUGUUGUAAAUCCUCCCCCUUACACACCCAAGCCACCUUACGUACCCAAACCUCCAACACCUUAUUAUCCAAUACCGCCCGUCAUAUCACCACCGUUUGUGCCUCCAAGGCCACCGGUGUACCCCAGUCCUCCGAUAGUGAAUCCACCAACGCCGCCGAUCCUGCCUCCUCCUAUUGUGAAACCGCCGACGCCACCAACUUUGCCUCCUCCAUCACCUCCUACUUUGAAGCCACCACCGGUGGAGACACCAUGUCCUCCGCCGCCGCCUCCCGUGCCAUAUCCUUCCCCUCCGGCGCAACAAACAUGUCCCAUUGACACCCUCAAGCUAGGGGCAUGCGUGGACGUGUUAGGUGGUCUGGUCCACAUCGGCAUAGGCAGCAGUGCCAAGGCCACGUGUUGUCCCGUGCUUCAAGGGCUGUUGGACUUGGACGCCGCGAUUUCUUGCACCACGAUCAAGGCCAAGCUUUUGAAUAUCAAUAUUAUAAUACCCAUCGCCCUUCAGCUCCUCAUCGACUGCGGCAAGACUCCACCUCCGGGAUUCCAAUGUCCGGCGUAAUGAUGAGAAAAAAAAACAUGCCCAAAUCUUUUCUAC